AUGGUGUCAAUAACAUCCAACACCCACCGAUCGCCACUACUCCUCCUCUGCAUCCUCCUCCUCGUCGCAUGCCUCUUCAUAUCCGUCGUUCAUGGUCAAAACGACGACUCGGGUUCAGGUUCAGACUUAGACCCCAGCCUUGAAGAACCCGAACAAAAUCCCUCCUCACCUUCUACUCUACCUUCUCCUACACCGGACCAACCGCCAGCAGCCAUUCCACCACCUCCUCCUUCAACUCCUCCUUCAACUCCAGCAACACCACCAACCACCGCACCCGGCACCCCAGCACCCGCAUCCUCAGGAACCCCAGGAGCUCCAGCCCAGCCUCCAAACCCAAUCUUCUCCACCUCCGACGCCUGUGUAGCCUGCCAAAAAGAAUUCCCUACCAUCAGAAGCUGCACCGCCUUGAUCCCUCCCCCAACUGUCAACUUGACCGUCAUCACCCAAGUCCUGCCCUUCUACAACUGCCUCUGCAACAACGGCAACCUAGGAUCAGAAAUCGAAGCCCUGCAAGACUGUAGUAAUUGUUUCCGUUCCACAGGUCAGAAGGCGUUCUUGAGAGGCGAUUUCUAUAAUGUGACCAACCAGAAUGUCAAGGCCAUGAAGCAGGUCUGCGAGGAGACCGUUGGCGGAACCAGAGUGCCGACGAGCAGUAGUGGGACUGGAGCUGGAGUGGGGCUUAGGGACUUGGGGUGGUGCUUUGUUUUGGCUUUUGUUUCAUCGGUAUUCCUCGUUCCCGGUGGUCCUUGA